GGAGAACUGUGAACGUAUAGACAGUAAAUUUCAUACGAACUCUUUGUUUUGUGAAACUAUUGUAUAUUUCAUAGAAUUGCCGGAUGGUAUCACAAGCAAAGUGUUGAGAUGGCUACGGAACAGACACAGGCCCAGGAUGGUGCAGUGGCUGUAGAUCCUGAGCUGGAGGUGAGUAGGAUGAUUGAUGCUUUGUCAAAGCUCAGGUAUAGAGUUGUGACAGAGGAAGAGUAUAAAAGUUUGGCAUCUAAGAAGCUAGAGUUCAACCCUCCUGGUGAUAAAACCAGUACGCCAAAGCCUAUAGUCAGGGAUCGGAUAGGUAGAGGUAGGGCUAGGUCACUAGAUUAUACUUUGAAGGAUUUCAAGGAGGAACCUCGUAGUGUAGGUAUAACUAGAUCGACCCUCAGUACGGGCCAGCUUGACUCAAACUUGGGGCGAAUCCCCAAGAUUCCAACAUUUAGUGGCCAGGAACAAAAGAGCGAUGUCAGCUUUAAUGUAUGGAGGUAUGAGGUGCGUUGCCUGUUAAAGGACGUUAGUCUCCCUGAGACGGUGCUGUUACAAGCGAUAAGGCAGUCCUUAAAAGGUACAGCUCGAGAGAUGCUGAUACCCUUAGGGGAAACUGCAACAGGUACUGCAAUCCUGAGCAAACUAGAAGGAUUGUAUGGUAAUGUUGAGACGGAUGAAGCGACUCUUCAAAAAUUCUAUACAGAAUCCCAACAAGAAGGUGAGUCAGUAACGGCUUAUGCCUGUAGGUUGGAGACUCUACUCCACGCUUCCAUAGAGAGCGGAUAUAUAGAUAGGGUAGCCAAGGAAACUAUGCUACGGUCGAAGUUUUGGACUUCUUUAAAUGAAAGGUUGAAAACGCAAACUAGAAAUAAGUAUGAGACUAUCAAGUCAUUUGAUAUGCUAGUACGAGAGGUCAGGGCCAUUGAGUUAGAGUUGACAAAUAAUGACAAAGUGAAAAGUUCUGCCAAGAAAGGUCAACAUCAGCCCGUUCAUGCUGAACAGAUGCAAAGCAAAAUCGAAAUUAUGGCUGAACAGCUCACGACAUUGUGUGAGAAAAUAAAGGACCUAGAUUCUAAGGUGAUUGGGUUACAGUCUAACAGUAGGAAUUCAAACAAUUCUAAUAAUUCCAGAUCAGGCAGACAGAACAGGCAGCAGAACAAUUCAGGACCACAGAGAAAUGACAACUCAACUGGGAAGGGAAAAGCAUCUGGACAACAGCCAAAAGAUUAGCCUCCACUAUUUCAGGGCAGAUG